UCUGUAGGUAUGUCAGAAGGUGUUUGUUCUGUUAUUGAAAAUCAAGAAUUUCAUUUAGAAGAAUCUUUAGAUAACAAUGAGCAAGACCAGGUAGCUGAUACAAAUUUGCUUCAUAUACCAGUUACACAGUUAGCUGUGCCAGGUACAGCCUUCAGUAACCACACCGGAUAUGCCACUAUAAGUGCUGUACUUUCUGAAGGCACUUUGGCUUCCUUGCCAGAAGGCACAGUCCUACAGAUAGCACCUGAUGGAAGUGUGAUAGCACUACAGGCUAGUAGUCUUCAGGAGGAUGUUGGAGUUUUAAGUACUGAAGCUAUUAACGUAAAUCAGAAUAGUAACCUGAAUAUAACUAAUGUGAUCAGUGCUCAGAACAGCCAAUUGGAAACAGAUAACAGUGGUGGCCAGUGGUCAACAGGAACAGAAACUCCUUUACCAGGAACUCCCAGGAACACAUCUGAAGAGUCUUCUGUUCAGCAACCAGAAACAGCAAAAGUCAGUUUACAGGAACAAACCUUUGGAGAAAUUGACCUAAAUGGUUUGUUGUGUGAAUCAGAAGAUAAUGUUCAAGUAUCAGUGGUGUCUAAAGUUUCGGUUCAAUCAAAAUCACAAACAGUGGAAAGCAGUUGUUCCAACAUUAAGGAUGGUAAUAGCAGCAAACAAAACAACCCUGAACCCCAACAAUUAGAAGACUGUACAGGCACUGGAGACCAGCCAUGUAAUGAAGCUGACAAAGAGACCAACACUAUUGUUAUUGAUGUUUCCAAACCUAUUCAACUAGGUCAAAAUUCUUUGAUUGUUGUUAAUGGGAAGAAGUGUGUUCUUCAGCACAAUCCCGACACUGGAGAAGUGGUAGCUUAUCCUGUGAAAGAACCAGAGAAACAACGAAAAAAACCUGGCAGGAAAAGGAAAGAAGAAAAGUCACAUUCUCUUCCUGAAGAAGAACCACUUUCAGAAGCAGAAGAAGCAGACAAUGAAAAGGGAAUGCUUGUAAUUACAAAUGAAGAUGGGUCUGUGGUUAGGAGAAGUUCUAGAAAAAGAAAACAGGCACAUGGUUUGAAAGAUUAUGCAGUAGGAAAAGUUAAACUCGAUAGUGAGGAUGAAGAUAACAUAGCAACAGAGGAAGAGGAAGAAGCUUCUGAACCAGCAAAUAAAAAAUUCAGAGGACGUGGGCGGCCUCGUAAGACACCACUGCCAACUUCCCUUCCUGGAUCUUUGUUUCCCUUCCUUACACCUGUUAAACGAGGACGUGGUCGUCCACGACGAUAUGGUAUUGAAAAGCCAGUGACUCAUUCUUUUCUCAUUAAGACAGCUGAUGGAAAAACUUUGAUGAUGCAGGUCCCAAACAGUAGUAUUCCUCCAAACUUGACCCUGCAAGAUGUAGCCCAACAGAUUGCUAAUGUUUUGAACAAUCAGAUGCUUGCAGUUUCAUUGCCAGAACAACCACUAUCUUCAAAAGCAUAUGCUGAUAUACUGACAGAUCCUAAUAGUAAUACCACAGAUACUCAGACAGUUAUUCAAACAACUUUCCAGUCUGAGGAUACCAACCAGCAUGCAAACACUCCUGACUUGUCAACUGAAGAAACUUGUGUUCUCCAGAGUAAUGAAAGUCCAGCUUGUGGUUCAUCUUUAUCUGUUUCUACAAUGAUGAGUGCUCAGUUGGCAAAUGUUUCUAGCAGUUCUUCAGUUUUGAGUCAGGCAACUACACCAGUUCAGUCCAUUGUUUUAUCUCUUCCUUCUGUACUAGAAAGUAUCCCUUUUGAAUCGUCUGUUUCCAAAGAAGAUUCAACAGAGUAUGUAAAUGUCUCAUCUCAGAUUUCAAAACCUUUGGGUGAUGAAAUAUUAAUUCAUCAUGAUUCUUCUACAAGCUGUGAUGGAGCUAAUACAAGCACUGAUGUGAACACAAAAAUAAGCAUUGAUGCAAAUACAUUAGUUUGUGCAGUGUCUUCAAGUUCAAUGUCCUGUGUCUCUUCAGCAAGUACUGUGAAUUCAGACAGUGGUAUUUUGUCACUUCUUCCUAAUGAUCGUGAAUGCAAUACCAUUCCAAAGCUAAAUGUAAGUGACAAAAAAACUGAUGUGAAUUUUAAAAGCUGUGUUACUGGACAGAAAGACAAUAUUAUAAUUACAAAAGCACAGUGUGUGCCAGAAGUUGUUACUUCUACGACGUAUGAAUUAGUUAAUUCUAAAUCUUCAGAAGCCACAGAAGAGUCUCCCUUUGUGCCACCCAGCUGUAAGGUUCAGCCAGAUUGUCAGACUUCACAGGUAGCUCAAAACUCUGCUAUAAGCACUGUACCAAUAAAACGAAAAAGAGGUAGACCUAGAAAACACCCACUUCAAUCUAUUCCUGAAGAUACCAGUUCUUCAACUGUGAUCUCACUGGUUUCCAAUAUCAUACAUGCUUCUCUUGCAAUUCCAGAGAGUUCCUGUAACUCAAAUAUCUCAACAGUUGUUUCUGGCUUGACAGGACCAGCUACUGUUACUCCAAUUACAGCAAAUCCCUUACCAGUCAUUCUUCCAAAGCCAGAAACUACAGCCAAAAUAGGUUUAAAAGCAACUGAAAAAGAACUUCAAGACCUGAGAUGCCCAAAGUGUAGUUUUCAAGCAUACUAUUCUCACCAGUAUCAGGAACAUCUUGUUUUACAUUCAGAAGAAGCAAAACACUGUAAAGUGUGCUCAUUUCUCUGUUUCACAGAAGAAGAACUUAUUGAACAUUUCAAGGUUCUUCAUCCAAAACUGAUUUGUUCAAUAUGUAACCUCACUGCUGAGCAUGUGUAUGUCAUUAAGAGACACAUGAUGCGGCACACGGAGAAAAGUAGUAUCUGUAAUAUAUGUGGAAAAUCAUAUAAGGAUCAGUAUGUGCUUAAAGCACACAUCAGAACUAAACACUGUCCAGUGGGAGAGCUUUUCGAAUGCAGUAUCUGUGGAAGAGAGUUUACUCGGAAAGCACAUCUGAAACGACAUGUGAGAACACAUAAUCCUUUCAAGCCUUACCAGUGUGAUCUUUGUGAUUAUAGAGGAACUGAACGAUCGGACAUAACAAAACACAGGGCAAUACAUGAAGAACCCAAAUUCACCUGCAAUGUAUGUGGUCGAACAUUUAGACACUACAAGAACAAAGAAAUUCAUAUGAAAAGGCAUAAAGGGCAGAGAGACUUCAAAUGUGGUGUGUGUGACUUCUAUGGUUACACCUUUACAGAUAUAAGAAAACAUAUAGAGAGGAGGCAUUCAGAUCCAGUUUCAAGAAUUGUUACAUGUAAUCUUUGUGGGCAGACUUUUAAGAAUAAAUUACAGUUAAAGGAACAUCAAGAAACGAAUCAUUGUGGAGAAAACUUGCCUGCAGUGGAAGGAACAGUGCAGGUCCAAGUUUCAGGAGGUGAGCACACAAACCUAAGUAUGCAAAGUGAAGUGGAGAAUCAGUUGCCAGAUACCAAUGAUCAAUUGACAUCGUUAGGAUCUGGAGUUACUUUCACACUUGCUGAUGGAACUGUUGCCACAAUUGAAGAUCUUGCUGUUCAAGAUGGAGAGUUUGUUUUCCAAGGACCUCAGAUCUAUGCUUCUAAUGGUGAAUUAGCCAUAUUAACAAACUCGGAGAAUUCUGACUCUCAGUAUGCUUUUGUAGCAGCAGACUCCACAACCUUGGAGCAAUUAGCACAUGGUAAUAUUACCUAUGACAGUAAUAGUCAGACAUUGAUGUUACCUGUGGAAGUACGAGAUGGGAAAGCUGUUGUUAAAACACAAGAAGACCAUACUGUACAGUCACAAUUAGAACCAACAAGUGAAUGUUAGUCUUAUCUUUUGUGAUAUAUCAUCAGAUUUUAAAUUUGUUUAGAACACUGGUUUGUUUUGGUUAAACUUAACUGAGUGUCACUAAAUUAUGUUUCUGAAAGUACUGAAUGGGAUUUGUAUGUCUCACACAGUUAUAUUGUUAAAACAAUGGUGCCAUGUCACUGAAUGUUAACAUGUAAAGUAAUAUUUUAAUUGUUUAAUAAAUAACACUGGUUUCUGUUAGAUGUAAAAAUUAUAAAUAUUUUCAUUAUCUCAGCAUGAAGUCGAAACAAAUCAUUGGAAAACUGUGGUGUAUUUUGUUGUUGCUAUAGAGAUUAAUAAGAGCUGUGUUAAAGGUUUGUAUCAUGAAGUUGUUGAAACAAGGAUCAGAUGUUAAUCAAACCAUUUUCCAUUAUGAGGUUCUUCAAUUUAAUAUUUUCAGGCUAUGAGCUAUUGGGGCUUACCGUGCAUCUCCCCACACAUACAUCCCAACAUAAGUGUUUUUUUGGAACUUUAAGGUAUUCUGAACAUAAAUUAAAAUGUUAACAUUGCAAAUUUUGGGAUGCACUACCUGUUAGGUCCAGUUAUAUAGUGGUACCCUUCAACUGCGUUUUCAGCCUCAAGCAUCAAACACAAAAUCGCCAUAAUAUUUAUUUGACUGUUAGGGGCCCCAAAGUGCUAGAAAACACAACAAAUAACAUAUCAAAUGAAAGCUAAUCACAGUGCCCAUUAUAUUAUGUGACUCAAUAUGGCUUUUAUUUAAUCAAUGAUUGAUUUUGAAACUUUGAGGUGGUUGUCACAGUGUAACCAAUUUUUUGGAUGUCAUUCAUGAAGUAACUUUCUCAUUUCUUCUGGUAUUAGAAUACAUUUAUUAUUUAAGAUAUUUAAAAUGCAUAACAAGUAUAUUUUCUUCAAACAGAGCACCAUUAGCAUCAGUUCUGUAUUGGCAACCCACUUUAGAAAGAUGUGAUAACCAUGAGGGACAUAUAUCAAUACUUCUCUGAACACAUUCUAAAUUACUGCUAACCAUGUUUAUUUGACAUCAACUUGCAAUGUAUUUUGCCAGAUGGCAGUAAUUACAUAAAAUUGAUUUAGCCAAUAUAUAUAGGCUUUCUAGUAACUAUCUACGAUAAGUGACUCUGAAUUUCACAUCCAAGUUAUAUUAAUAUAGAUCUAUUAUUUGUAUCCAUUGAAUGAUAUUAAAGAUGAUAUACUAAUCACAAUCUUGUUUAAAAGCUACAACAAUAUCAAAAAAAAAAAAUAUUUUUUCAAGUUUUCUACUAAUUAUACAAUGUUUUAUCAUGAGGGUGAAAUGAUGUUCAUAUACAAUAUAACCAAAAUCAGAUUAAGAUUAGUUGUCAUUUACUGUCUUUUCAAAUGUUAUAGUCUUUCAUAAUCAUGAUAAUGCUGUUUCUCUGCAUUGCUGUCUGUUAUAUAGGCCGAAAGAUCUACAUGAUCUAGGAACAAUAUUGGAGUCACCUUUGUCACUUGAAGCCAUUAUUUUGGCUAUGAUAUCUGUUGAGGAAGUGCAUCCCCUUCAUACCAUAGAGAUUCUAUCAUCCCAAGGUAACCAGCCUUGGUCAUGUGCUGCUUCAGAAGCAUCAGGCUGUGGAAUGUGGGCCCUUUUUCAUACACUAACCUGAUAAUUCACACUUCUUGUAUGCUGCUCCAAACACUUUCAACAAGGGGGUAGUAUUGCAAUAUCUAUGGUUUUGACUGAUUCAGUUAAUUGCUUGGGUCUCACAAUUCAUUCAUUCAUAUGAUUGAAAGAUCAUUGACAUGUUUACCACUUGCUCACCCAUAUAUGGCACAUAUGAAUGCAUCAAGCUCAUCAACGAGUUCCUCAUUCACAUCCCACAAGUCUCCCAAUUUAGCUUGCAUUGGAACAAACUUGGACAUUUUCAGGAGCAUUUUCAAAGGCUUCACUUUUCCAAUUCCUUUGAAAGAACUUGUAGUGUCGCAUCCUGUGCAAGCAUGUAAGCUCAUCAACAUCAGUGAGAUUGCGCAGGCAUACACUCAGUAACACUGUACAGCUUUGAUGAGCUUACAUGCUUCCACAGGAUGCGACACUACAGUUGUUGUCUGUACCAGUGUCAAAGGACAGUGCAAGAUUUUCUAGUGUUGGGACAUAGUGCAGCAGAAUGGAGAAUACGUCAUUGUCUGGGAUCUUCACUUUAACAUACUCAUAUCUACCCUGAAACUCAGCAUACUUGCAAUACAAGAUGGAUUUUGAAUCAUUUUCUUCUUGGAAUGAUCUUAGAGUCUAGAUCUCACCAGUGUAUGUUGUAUGGCCAUCAUUAGAUGUUAGCAGAUAUGCUGAUUCCUUGUAUAUGACAAUGACCUUUCUCCCUUGAAGUUUUCUGGAAUACACGUUUUGAGACCAAAUACUACAAAGAAGCUGAAUGAAUUGCACUUUGUUCUCAUCAUUUGCUAGAAAGAGUUUCCAAUUAGGUGUUUUUUUGGUAUUCUCUCCCUUUACUAUGAGUUGGUCUCCCGUGCAUUUCCUUUGUCAUUCCAUUGUUUUCAGAGUUUUUCUUGAAAUUCUUGGUACUGAAUACAACAUCACUGGACCGUGGCAUCAUCUCAAAACCUUGCUGCAGAUCUGGCUGAAGCUACUUGCUAUUUCUUUCAAAUAGUGGAAGCAUGCAUUACCAUCUUGAAUCAUCAGAGUUUUACUUGGUGGUGUGGUAUCUGUGUCUUCACAAUCCCUUGUUACGUAUUAAAGUGCUUUGCAUUUGUCUGUUUUGGCUAAAAAUCUUUCAGCGAUUGCAAUACUCUAUGGCACAGGAGUUAGCAGGUAAGUCAUGAACUAUCUCAAGUCCAGUUGAAACCCUUGGUUUUGAGAUUUUGUCCAUAUUGCCCAAGGUUUUAAGAUUGAGCCAUUUUAUUGGCUCAAAGAAGUCUCUCCCAGUUUCCAGUUGAUCCUUCAUGAAGGAAUAUUUUGCCUCAUUGCCAUCAUUUUCUGCUCGGAGAACAUCGUAUUGGACAUUGGAAGAGGCUGCAGCAUCAGAUGACAAAAUUAGCAACUGUUCUUUGUCGUCUGUGGUGAAUGGGUUUAAGAAUCUCUCAAUCACUUCUGGAGCUUUUCUGUGUUGCUUUUCACUCCUCAAUAUCUCUAAUGGUCAAGCAUCAUGCUGCUUCAUUCCAUCAAGUGUAUCACAUAUCAUGUCUGCUAAGUUGAAAGUGUUGUUUAUAUACUGAGUUCUUGCCACCAAAGCUGAAGGAGACAUCUGCCCUCAAGUGCAGACUUUAUGCAUGCAGAAGAAAAUCGUUAUCUUUCACUGUUUGCAUUGAGAGAGAGAACCAGGAAUACAUGAUCUGUGUAUAAGAGCCAAAGUUAAGCCAUCUUGCUGAAGAGUUCUCUACAAACAUCAAUAUGAUACUGCAUGUAAACCUGGAUGUAAUUCGUCAUUGACAUGUCUUCUAACAGUGAGUUCAGUGUUUGUUUUGAAGGGGCUUGCACCAGAUCAUCCAACUUCACUUUUGUAUCAUAUUGCAUAGAUGAGAAGAGUUGAUUCUCACCACAACGUGAAAGAUAUGUCUCCAGGAGUAACCUCUUGAGGCAUUUCAGCAUCAUUUUGGACAGUUCAUUGCUCAUGUCAUAGUGCCUACCUGACAUAACACCACCUAAAGAACCUGAAGCACACAAGCCCACCUCUAGUAACGUCAAUCAUUUUGAUGUGGACAUGUGCCAAUAAGUACAAUAUGUUUUUCAUACUUCUCAGAGCCAUUCCAAACAAUCAGAUAUGCCUUCAUGCGGGUGCCUAAAUGAAAUGUUGUGAUGACGUAUUGCUGCUUCACCUCACCCAUUGCCUCCUCAGCUUACCUCAAACAUUCUUGUUUGGUUCUGUAAUCUGUAACUGGUUUUGCAAUAACUGGAUAAUACUCAAUUCAUUAAAGGUUUGUAGGUUUCUUUCCAGUUUAGAGAAACAAAUCCAGCCCAACUAAGGACUUUUUGUUCCAACCCACUGCUCAACAUUCUGAUCAUAAUCCAGAUCAUGUGUUACAUGUUUGCAUCUUUCAUGGCAUCAUCACCUCCUUCACACGUGCUUCGUUUAAUUUAAAUUUGUGGACUUUUGCAUCAUGGUGCUAUGUGUUCUCCAUUUUCUAGAUUUUGCAAAUAUUUUGUUCUACAUGACUUGUGAUAUUUGUCUUCACUUGCAAAGAGGUUGUGUCCCCUUAUUCUUGUCAAAAGCUCCUUGUCACCCAGUAUUUCUCCUGUGUCUAGAACUGUGAGACAUCCCCUUUGUUAUUCACUUUCCUUUAACUUUUUUUUUCAGCUUUCAGAAUUGUAGAAAAUGCAAUCAGGUUUGAAAAGCACUUUUUCCCUGCCAUUUGACUGUCUGGUACUAUUUCUUGAAAUGCAUGCUGUCUCUGUUGGAACGGAUAUGGUUGUGAGUCAGUUAAGAUUCAUCAUGAAUCUUUUGUAACAUUCUGUAUGACAACUGUGAUGUUCCUUGAUGUUAUCAGAUAUGAGUGCACAAAAGUCUUCCAUUUUACGAACUGUGCUGAGUGGGUGGGACAGCCUCCUUCUCUGAACAUCUUGCAAUCUGUUAAGUCUGCUUUGUCUGUCACUACUUUUAGAGAGGAGUUGUAGUGGUCCAUAGUGUAAAUCUGAAAUAUGAACUAUACAAGUUGGUUGCUUUUGUGUCUGUGGGCCUGCACUCUCAUCUUGUUUACACUUCUAGGGUGAUAAUUGUUCUUUAUUGGGCACCUUUGACUGUGAAAUCAGGUACUGCUUUAGUAAUUAUAAAUAUCAAUCACAAAGACAAUGGUUUGUUUUAAACUCAUAGUUAUUUAUUUAGUUGGUGUUAUUGACAAUUGAUAUAACUGUCAAUGGGGUCAUCUGCUCAUGGAAGCAGGAAUGAUAUAGAAGCUAGUUAUGCAACAUAGAAUCACAGAACAAGUUUUUGGCAGAUUGCAUCUAUGUCAAUAUUGCAGCUCUGGUAGAGGUGCUUCAGCAUCAAGCCAGUGAGUUGCUCCUCUGACAUGGGGGCUCGCAUAAAGAUUUUUGUACUUUUGAGUUCAAUAAAUGAUCUUUAUACUUCACAGUUCCAAAUGGUAAUGUGCAUCCUAUUCUAAGCAGGUUGGUGAGAAUUCUACCUCUGUAAACAGAUCUGUGUUCUAUGAUUGAAGAUAAUCAAAGAUAUAUAAAGAAUGGACACUAGUAGAGAUAUUUUAGUCCUUAUAAACAGCAAUAACAACAAACAGUGUUUUCCAAAUUUUUAAUCUUAUUUAAUUAAUUUAUAUACGGCUUGAAUGGGUAAUGAAAAAAAACUUUAAUAUAAAUUUAACAACAGCAAAUUUACAAUGUUACGACAAGGUUUUGUCAUCAUCAGGCACAAGUAGUUUACACUUACACAAUCCAUGAAGCAAUCCAUCUUAAUUGAGGAGGAAUGAUAACACAAUACUUAUAGAAUCCAUCUGGCAUAGCAUUGCUGUAUAAAAGCAAUAGUAGUGAGGGUAUUUGGCACCCUGGGGCCAAAACAUCAAUUUGCACCCACUUCCACACAUACACCCCCAUUAAAAUAAAGAUAUCUCUGUCAUAGCCUACUGUAAAAUGAAAGUCUAUGUAAUGUGGGAAACUUUAUUAAUAAAAUAAAAUAUUGUA